AUGGUCAUCUCAGAGUGACAGCAGAUUGAUGAGGGCUUCCUCGAUGCUGACUGGUUGAUCGCAAAACCCGGAGGCCGGACGCCGUCCUCGCUGUCAGUGUUUAUAAGGAAGACGGACCCACCGUGAGCGCCGCAGUGUUUGGGACAGGAGAGUGAAGUCUGCAAGCAUGAGAGCCCUGGUAGUGUUGGCGUGUUUGCUGGCGGUCUGCGUGGCGCAGAGGCCGAGGCCCUGCAGGAGUCCUCCUCUCUUGUCCGGCGCCCUCAGCGUGUCCACACAGAACGAGAAGCUGUGGACCUACGCCAAGUACAUCUACGACGCUCUGGGACAGAGGGUACGCAUCAGGGAGAUCGGGAGCUACCAGAACCAGACCUUCAAACAAGACGCCCUGCUGCUCUUCAGACAGGGGAUCCUGUACGAGAUUCACGAUCAUAACCGCACAUGCAAGAGGGUGCCUCUGAAGAGUGACUUCCACCCACUCGAGGUCCCAAGAAACGCCUCCCUGCUGGGCCAGGCCGUGGUGGGCAGCUCGUCUGGCCCCGGACAGGGACUCCUGAUCAACAGCUGGUACGGAGACAUCCCCCAAACCGGAGGAAAGUACCUGUUUACCGUGAGUGCGUUCGGCUGCAUUCCUGUCACCGCCGCGGUCCAAACCAAGGAGUUCGGAUGGGUCGCGACAAACUACUUCAACAACGUCAUCGGGAUCCCGGAUCCGUCCAUGCUCAACCCGCCGGACUACUGCCUGAGGGCGGACAUGGAGGACGUCGAGCCGGUGGAUUUCUUCAGCGUGUUCCACAAAAAUAACGAAUGAGUCCAGUCUUUACCGCGUCGUACCCGGCAUGUCUCCAGCGCUCCCAGUUCAUGGGCGUGCAAGUGAGAGUUUUUUCAGUCAAAACAAAUAACAAAAAACAAAAAAGAAGAAGAAGAAUCAUUUUAUUUUGAUCAUGUAAUAACAAAUCUUUAACCUUCGGUCAUUUCCUGUUCAUAUUUACCUGUGCACGUCUGCUUCCUAACUGUGAACGGGCGCCUGAUCCCAUUUUCAAUUAAAAAAAUUCAAGAAUUUCAA